AUGUUACAACUUAUCAAAAUGUUUUUUGGUCUCAUUAUCAUUUUUUUAUCUCAACUUAUCAAUGCUUGGCCACAUCCACGUCAAUCCUUGCCUGAAUUUGAAUUAACCAUUGAUACACUUUAUUAUAUUCAUGGUUUAGAGUUUGGAAGUCCUCCUCAAAAAAUUAAAUCACAAGUUUUACUUGAUACUGGAUCAUCAGAUACACUAGUUUCAACUUUUGCAUUUAACCCUCAAAAAUCUAAAACAUUCAAAAAUUCUUCAUUAGUUUUUAAUGGUGUUUAUGGCUCAAUACUGGAAUUUGCUUUAUAUAAAGCAUUUGAUGUCAUUACUGCUCCAAAUGGAGUGAAGACUAAUCAAACUUUAGCUAUUACAAAUGUAAAUCCAAAUUUACUUAAUGAUCAUAAUGUUAUUGUUGGUAUGGGUUAUGACACUACACAAUUUAUUAGACCAAAUUAUCCAAAUUUUAUAAGUUCAUUUAAAGAUCAAAAUAAAAUUAAAAGAACUUUAUUUUCUAUAAAUGGUCAAGUUGAUGGAGGUUCAGUUUUGUUUGGUGGUGUUUACACUGAUAUUUAUGAAGAUGUUUUAACUAAGGUUGAAUUAAUACCAAGAUAUAAAAAUAGAAAAUGGUUUCAACCAUAUUUGACAGUUAGUGGAAUUAAAUUAAGUGAUGGAAGUGUGAUUUCUAAUCAAACUUGUGCCUGUAUCAUUGACACUGGAGCUGAUUUACUUCCUUUUUCAAAACCUAUGUUGGGAAAUUUAUUUGCAGCUUUAAAUGACGCUUCUGGGGAUUACUUUUAUGUCAAUACCACUAACCCAGAUGAUCCAAAUGAAACUCCGUUCUAUUACUUUCCAUUAGAUUCUAUAAAAGAUCUUAGUAUAAAAUUAGACGUUCAAGGCUAUGAAUUAGAUUUACCAGUUAUAGACGUCAUUCAUGGCAUUAAAAUUAUUAAUGGUAAAGCUUAUGGUGGUAUAGCUUAUCAAGAAGCUGUAAUUGAUGUUCAAGUAGAUGCAAUUUUCCUUCCUGCAAAGUUGCUAACACAUUAUUAUUCUGUAUGGGAUUACGAUAAUCAUUUCAUUUAUUUUGCUAAAUAUAAAAAUAGAGGUAAAAUAGGUUGUAAUGGUAGAAUUGCUGUUGAUUCUGGAGAUCAAUUACCUGUUGCUACAACUAAUGUACCUCAUGCAUCCACCACUUAUUCUGUUGGUUAUCAAACUAGUUUAGAAACAACUGUAUCUGGAGCUGAUUCAAUAAUUAAUAGUCCAAAAACUUAUGCUGGUUCCAACAAUCAAUCAUAUACCACAGCUUAG